AUGCCAACAUUGCCAAGCAGUGCUGUGAUGCUCACAUUUCCAAUUAGUAUUGUGAUGCCAACAUUGUCAAUCAGUGUUGUGAUGCCAACAUCGCCAAUCAGUGUUUUGAUGCUCACAUUUCCAAUCAGUGUUGUGAUGCCCACAUUGCCAACCAGUGUUGUGAUGCAAACAUUGCCAAUCAGUAUUGUGAUGCCAACAUUACCAACCAGUGUUGUGAUGCCAAAAUGGCCAAGCAGUGUUGUGAUGCCAACAUUGGCAACCAGUGCUGUGAUACCCACAUUGGCAACCAGUGUUGUGAUGCCAACAUUUCCAAUUAGUGUUAUGAUGCUCACAUUUCCAAUUAGUGUUUUCAUGCAAACAUCGGCAAGCAGUGUUGUGAUGCAAACAUUGCCAAGCAGUGUUGUGAUGCAAACAUCGUCAAGCAGUAUGGUGAUGCCAACAUUGCCAAGCAGUGUUGUGGUGCUCACAUUUCAAAUUAGCAUUGUGAUGCCAACAUUGUCAAUCAGUGUUGUGAUGCCAACAUCGCCAAUCAGUGUUUUGAUGCUCACAUUUCCAAUCAGUGUUGUGAUGCCAACAUUGCCAAGCAGUGUUGCGAUGCACACAUUUCCAAUUAGUUUUGUGAUGCAAACAUUGCCAAUCAGUGUUGUGAUGGCAACAUUUCCAUUCAGUGUUGUGAUGCCAAAAUGA